UAUUAUAGUUCUAUUUUUUUUCCCUAUAAAUUAAGUCACUCGUCAGCUUAUAUGUAUUUAAUUAUCUAAAGUUGAGUCGACCCAAGAAGACCCCAAACAACUACCAUUUAGUCUUUUUAAGCUUGACUAUGAACUUACAUCGUUUACCGUGCUUAGUAUCCAUCAAAAUCUCUCUGUAAGAACGCAUACAUUGAAGUUGGAGUAUAGAGUUACGGAAGAGAUGGCAGAUGGAUUCAAUCAAGAAGAAGGUGAUUCAGAGAACAGGAUUCAUAUAAUGAAUGAUGAAGGCCAAAUUGUAAGCAAGCGCAUGGUGGAGAACCAUUUCACAAUUCCCGAACCAGAUUCCGAGGAUGGUCGGAGUGGAAUCAACAAACAGCCAGAAGAAUGGCUUCCCAUCACUCAAUCAAGAAAAGGGAAUUCAUGGACAGCCACUUUCCAUUUGCUUUGCUCUGGAAUCGGAACCCAAACACUCUCUCUCCCUCUCGCCUUCGUAUACCUUGGCUGGUUUUGGGGGAUUCUUUGUUUGUGUGUUGCAUUUGUAUGGCAGCUCUAUACCAUUGGUUUGCUAGUGAGCCUUCACGAAUCCGUCCCUGGUACUCGUUAUAGCAGAUACCUUCAACUUUCGAUAGCUGCCUUUGGUGUGAAACUGGGAAAAGUUAUGGCCAUUUUUCCAGUGUUGUAUCUUGCAGGGGGUACAUGUGUCAUGUUCAUAAUCGCAGGGGGUGGAACCAUGAAACUUUUCUAUCAACUCAUGUGCGACGACUGCUCUUCUAAGCAUCCUUUAACAACCACAGAAUGGUUCUUGGUUUUCAUUUGUUUGACAAUUCUUUUGUCCCUUUUUUGUCCGAACUUGCAUUCUGUAUCUCUAGUAUCGUUAUUUGGAGCAAUCAUGGCCGUUGGAUAUUGUACGACCUUAUGGGUAAUGAUGGUUGCUAAAGGAAAGGUAGACGGCGCUGUUUAUGAUCCAUCAAAAGUUGUGGCAUCCGAUGCUGGUCGAGCCCGAAGUACAUUGAACGCACUUGCGAUCAUUGCCCUUGCAUUUAGAGGCCAUAAUGUUGUGUUAGAGAUACAGGGUACUCUUCCAUCAACCCCAAAUCGUUCAUCCGCAAAGUCCAUGUUGAAAGGAGUGAGAGCUUCGUAUCUUAUUAUCGCAAUGUGUUUCUUCCCCGUUGCAAUUGUUGGAUAUUGGGCAUUCGGAAACAAGAUUCCGGUGAAUGGAGGAAUGCUAACGGCAAUCUCAACGAAUAUUCACCACAAUGCAUCAAAACCAGUGCUGGGUAUGAUAUACGUGCAAGUUGUGUUGAGUUGUGUGUCUGCUUUUCAAAUCUACAGCAUGGUAAUCUACGACAACUUGGAGCAUGCUUACGUAAGCAGAACAAGCCAUGAAUGCCCAAAGUUGGUGCGAAUGGGAAUAAGGAUUUUCUUUGGAGGUAUGACCUUCUUUAUAUCGGUGGUGUUCCCAUUCCUUCCAAGCUUGGCACUGUUGGUAGGAGGGUUUGCUUUGCAUCUGACCUUCGGGUACCCAUGUUUGAUGUGGAUUGUGAUGAAGAGACAACCAACAUCUAUAAGGUGGUGGUUUACCCUUGGUCUUGGUUGUUUAGGUCUUGGGCUUAGUGUGUUGGUAAUUGUUAGUGGAGUGUGGAACUUGGUUUGUAGAGGUUUAGAUGCUAACUUCUUCCAUCCACGUUGAUAGAGGUCCGCUUUUGAUCAUUGAAAAAACAAUGAAUUUGUAGAUUGAGGGCUGUGAAAAUUAUCAUAUUAUUCCGUAAUAUUUAUUAAGAACGGUGGAUCUAUUGUUA